AUGACACAAGACAAGCGCCGCUCCUUUCGAGAUCCGGAAGGUCUCUUGAGAUUUGCCGGUUUGGAACGACACCAUCGCGUGUUGGACGUCUGCACUGGCUUUGGAUACCUGGCGCGACAUGCCUCCUUGAUGACCGAACAUCCCGUGGAUGCGCAGAACGCCAGUGAAUGGCGUACUUGGUUCAAUGCCAUUGGGAUCUCCAAGACGAUUCAUGAAAUGGAACGAGGAUAUCGUGUCCGACACUUCUACUCCAGUAUGGAAGAUCCUGCGUUGUCACAACGAGGCACAUAUGAUCUCAUUACAAUGCAAAAUGGAUUCCACGAUCUUUUUGACAUGCCCAUUGAUCGUCGCAAGUUCUUUCAGUCCAUUCGAAGAGCCUUGAAACCAGGAGGCAAGUUCUUGUUGGUGGACAAUCAAGCGGGACCUGGACGAGGUCUCAAGGAUGCCGUGGAAGAAUGGGUCGUUCGCAAAGAGCUUCAGGACAAUGGAUUACUUGUGACCAAGACAUCCGAUAUGUUCCAAAAUCAAGACGAUCCCUACACUACUUCCUCCUGGACGGAAUCCUUGCGUGAGACGGACCGCUUUGUCUUUUUGUGCGAAGAAGCCAUCUGA